AUGGAGAUAUAAUUGCAAGAAAAUUUAUCUUAACAGUAGCCAAACUAUCACAAAAAAAAAGAGAGCACAGAAAUAUUUAACAUAAAUUCUAACAACUAGGAUAAUUAUAGUUAAAGUUAUUAAGUUAGUACUAAUACUGAUAGUAAAGAAGAACCUAGAUUUUAUGAUCCAAACAAAAUUAUAUCUCUAAAAAACGUUCAUAAAACUUAUUUAUUGGGAGUAGAAGGCGUUACUGCUUUAAGAGGUGUUAGUGUUGACAUAAAGGAGGGAGAAUUUAUUACAAUAUUAGGAACAUCAGGAGGUGGUAAAACUACUAUGCUUAAUAUUAUGGGUACUAUCGAUAAGCCUACAAAGGGAGACGUUUUUAUUUGUGGAUAAAAGAUAAAAAGUACUACUGAUGACAAAUUUUUAGCAAGUUUAAGAUUAACAAAACUAGGAUUUGUGUUUUAAACAUUUAACUUAAUAUAAAGUUUAACUGCAUUAGAAAAUGUUGAAUUGCCAAUGAUUUUAAGAGGAGAGUUAAGCAGAGAUACAAUAAGAGAAAGAGCUAUUGACUUGUUAACUUAAGUGGGGCUAAAAGAAAGGCUAAAUCACUUCCCAAACUAAUUAUCUGGUGGUGAGUAAUAAAGAGUAACAAUCAGUCGUGCACUUUCUAACAAUCCUAAAAUUCUUUUACUUGAUGAACCAACAGGUGAUUUGGAUACAAAGUCUACAGACUAUGUUAUGAAAAUUCUUUUAGACUUAAAUAUAAAAAAAGGAAUAACUAUGGUUAUGGUGACACAUGAUGUUGCAUUAAAAAAUUAUGCAAAUAGAGUUGUUAGAAUGAUAGAUGGUAAAGUUAAUGCAAUCGAGGUUAUUCCAACUGAGAAAAGAGAAGAAAAUUUAAGGUUAUUAGAAGAGGCUGUUUAAAGUCAUACCUAAUCUUAGCUUCAAAAGGAUCAAUAAAGUAAUGGAAGUGGAGUAAGCAAUCAUAAAGACUUAGGAGUUAGAACUGGUGUUGUUUAAUAAGUAGCUCUUAAAGGUUUUGUACAUUUGAAUGAAGAAAUUGAAAUUUAAGAUGGUUAAAAUGAAGGGUAACGUUAAAAAAAUGGAAAUUAGCAAAAUCAUUAGCAUCUUCAAUAAAAUGGAUCAAAAACUGAAUAUAGAAAACCAGGAGAAUAUCCUAUAUUUUAAUUUGCAAAAUAAAGAAAGGCCUAAGAAUAGGCAAUAAAGUAAUUCCAACACUGA